GCUUUGUAUGUUUUUGGGGACACAUGGUUUCAACACACACCUUGUUAUUGAACCUCAGCCCAACUUUGAUAUGGAGAAAUUCGCAGGUGAAUGGUACCGGAUUGGACUUGCAGAUGAGUCACCGUUUUUUGCAAUGUUCAAAAACCAUCUGAAGGUUUCUAAAGGCCUUCUAGUACCAGAUGCCAAUGGAAAUGUGAAUCUGACCAUGUGGAGCAUAAGACCAUAUGGAUGCUCCAUCAGUGUUUAUUCAUAUGAGAAGACAGAUGUUCCUGGAGAAUUCACUUACUUCAGCAAAAGACACAAUAUAAUAAAAGACAUCACAAUAGUGGAGACCAAUUACACUGAUUAUAGUUUGGUCCUUAAAUACAAGAACAUGCACAAAGAAUACACUCAAGUAGCUCUUUACGGCCGGUCAUCUAUACAAAGGCCAGAACUAAUAGAGAAGUUCAGAUCUUUUGCUUUAUCUCUGGGCUUUUCUGACGAGGCCAUUGUCAUUGCAGCAGAUGUUG